GCUGUUGACCUUUCGCUGCAUGUGUCAGUGUCAAGUUUUGUGUACUUGUAAAAAACAAAACAAAAAAACUUGUUUAUGUUGUUCUGAACUUGGACUGCUUGCGUGUGUGAACUCAAACAGUGGGCAAUGAAAGGCUGAGGCAUGACUGGCGGUGUUGUUCGUCAGGCUCGAAAAGUUAACGGUGCCCAGCACGUCGAGUGUAAACAGGGGCGCGUCAAGUCCGAUCCCAGACCUUACAUCGUCAGCAAUUUCGUGGGACAGAGGAAGCUAGUGACGGGAUCAACGUGCGAAGACCUUUUGGCAAGCGGCUGCAAACUUUUCGAGGUACCAAAGACAGACUGCAGGCUUGUUCUGGAGGAUGGAACCGAAAUUGACGACGAGUACCUUGCUACUUGUGGCGAUUACACAGUUUUGGUCAUCUUGAAGGCAUCUGAACAGAUAAAGUACACUCAAGUGAAAGCACAGCAGAUGAUUGCCAACAUUGGGAGGUUGCUUGCAUCUGGCUCACAGAAACUCAACGAGAUAUUUGACCCUGUCAAAGACGAGCUUGUCAGCAAGAUGCUCGGGCAUAUUCAAUCGCUUGAGGCUCCUCAAGAUCUGCUGCUGGCUGACAGUAAGGAAGAGGAUCCAAAGUGGUUUGAAGGGGAGAAGCGGGCAGUAUCGAAAAGGUCUGUUCUUAGGGAGAGAGCCAAGACACGAAUCAAGGGAUACUACUAUAAGUCUAAAGACGAGAUGCAGAAGCGACUCGGGGAGAGCAAGAGAGGUUGCGUGCGUCACCUGUUCGAGGAAUUCCUACAGCUACUCAAGCAGAAUGACCACAACGGCCACUACUUCGUGCGUGGUGAAGCAGGUGCACUUUGCCUGAGUGACGGCCAGUUCAAUUGCCAGGGGACGUUCAGCAAGGACCUGUGCUCUGGACGGCUUCACGCGAUCAACCCGUAUGCCAGCAGAGAGCAGCUGGUCAUAUUCAGCACGUGGAAUUUGGACCACAGAAUCGAGAGGUCCAGAUCCAUUCUGCCAACCAUGUCUAAAGCCAUUGAGCUUGCUGAUGGAAGAGCUGUCAACGCCGAAUACUUCUACAGGCUUCUGUUCACAACUGAAAACCUGAAGCUCGUCCACCCUGUUUGCCACAUUAAGUCGGAGCACGAUGGUUAUUGCUGUGACCCAGGAAGCUGGUACUCUGACAACACGAUGCCAAAUGAUGGACGUGGUGAUGAAUCUGUUAAGAGUCGACAAAGCACUGAGUAACAGGAUAGAAGAAAUUCAGGUUGCCUUUUCCAUCUGAGCUCAAAUACUUUGAACAACCUGUGGAGGAGGGCUGGCAUGUCGCAAUGGCUCCAUGGCGCCUUGCCGCUGUGCAUCCAGCAAUGAGUUUAAUUCCUGGCCGUAGAAGCUACUUAGGGGGAAGGCUGAGUGCAAGAACGCUGUCGCAUUUAGUAUAUGCAAACACAUGUAGUCAGGAUUAAUCUCACAUCGCUUGAUAUGCAGUAUUUUAUAGUAAAUGUUGUCCGUCGCUCAACACAACACAGUUGCGCUCCUAUAUAAAAGACACAUACUGGGGAGCAGUUCUUCUUUCUUAAAGGUGCCUCUUAUGAGCAUGGUACCAUGUCCUCACCUUCAGUUGGACCCUAUUUUAAUGCAGGCACACUGGUGUCUCUUACACCCCUAGUGACUCUUACAUCAUCAUCAGCCUGACUACGCCCACUGCAGGGCAAAGGCCUCUACCAUGUUCUGCCAAUCCAACCAGUCCUGUCUGUGCUUUCUGCUGACACUUUAUACCUGCAAACUUCUUAAUCUCAUCUGCCCACCUAGUUCUUUGUCUUGCUCUCACGCGCUUUGCCUUCUCUUG